AUGGGACGAUACAACUUCGCACCCCAAAAUGUUCACAAGCAAGCAACACUACUAUUAGACGCGAAACGGAUGCCAGCACCACCACCGUGGUAUCCGGUAAUUGGCAAAAUUCCUCCUUCGACACGACUUUCGCGACCACCAUUACAAAGACCUCAAAAACCAGGCAAGAAGGCAUCACAACUGUUCAAACCAGUAAGUCUACAGUACGCAGAAGAUCGGUUACGAUGGGAGUACUACAAUGAUCAUCCCUGGGAGCUUGCCAGACCGAGGGUGGUGCUUGAGGAUGAUGGACGAGAUCGAGAACGGUGGGACUGGAGUCUGCCUUUAGACUACAAUUUGCGAAGGCCGAAGGUUGGAUAUACAGAUGAAUUCGGCAACGACCAUCGUGGUUGGGAUCGAGUCAUGCAGAAACAGUCCGCAAGGCCUAUUAAUGGAGAAAGUGUCAUUCAAAGAUGGCAAUAUCUUCUUACGCAUACAGAACUCUCCAGCCCUGCAGCGUACGACGUGGCACGGAAAGAGCUAUACAGGAAUCGACAUUACAAGGAAGUGCAACUUCGCGUGGCGAAGGAGGAGGCGCAGGCGACGGGUGCAUACUUCGGUCUUGGACCCCUAGAAGUGGGAGAACUGCUUGAGGACAGAGCGUUCGAGAAUUGGAAACUAUGGGCUGUGAAGGAGACGCAAGCUUUGAGAGCAUUAGCAGGAGCUGCAUAUUCUGGAGUGGAUGAAACAUCAGCAGUGGAGACACAGGAGCCUGAGCAGGCGGAACUACAGACGGCCAGAGGUGGAGCAGCGGACAGGCCUUAG